AUGGCGCUGUGGCAGAGUGUGCGGGCGGCGCUGCUGGCCGGGGCGCUGCUCUGGGCGCUGGCGCCGGCCAGCAGCGGCCAGCCUGUGCUGGCCGGACGGCUCGUCGGCAGGCCCUACACGGCGCUGGAGUUCAGGGACCUCGAGUGUGGCGGCGAGUUCGACCGGGCGCUCGUGGCACAGCUGUCUGACAUAUGCCAGGACUGCUACCGCAUCUACCGCGAGCCAGAACUGUUCGGCCUCUGUCGCCGGCAGUGCUUCAGCACCCCGUACUUCGGAGGGUGUCUGCAGGCGCUGCACAUCACCGACCCGGAGGAGCUAGGCCGGCUGCACGGGGCAGCGCGCAUCCUGCAAGGCUAA